AAAAAAAUUAUCAGCGACAAACCGCCGGAGUCCCCUCUGAUGAAGAUGUUGUUAGCUGGAGCGACUUCCUUUGCUUUCGAACUAUGUGGUGGGCAUGCGAUACAGUUUCUGAAGAUCCAGAAACAAACGACCGGGUUACCGUACGCUACCAUCACUCGUCAGAUCACACAAACGAAAGGGAUGGUGGGUUUGCUGGACGGCUUCCUUCCCUGGGGAGCAUUCAUUGCUGUGGGAAAGGGAGCUGUCUUCGGCUUAGGGCAUGCGGGAAGUAUGUACGCACUCCGAGGAACAAUCCGGAAUGACGCCAAACCCCUUUCUUUGAGUGAGCCGGCUGCACAGAUCAUCAGCGGGGGCGUGGGUGGCUUCUUUCAGGGGUUGGCGGCCAAUCCGCUAUUGUUGCUUAACACGCGUGUUAUGACUAACGCCAAGUUCCGCAAUGAGAAGGAGAUGCUGUCUACGUCCACCAGUUCAUUCCGGCUUGCGUCGGAGAUAAUCCGGACAGAGGGACCUAUGGCUCUGAUGAAAGGUGCACAUAUACUCGCAGGCAAACGGGUUUUGGACUGGACAUCCCGGUUUUUCUUCGUGGUGAUUGUGGAGGAAGCCAUUAAAAGGCGCACACAGGAGUCGCAAUUGACCUUUGCCCAGAAGAGUAUGGCCUCUAUAGCUGGGGGCGUGCUGAGCUGCGCUGUGACAAUACCAUUAGAUGUUAUGGUCGCCACGGUGCAAACACACACAAAGGCUGGACAGAAAGUGCGGCUGCUGGGCACGGGCUCCAGUAUUCUGCAGAGUGGCGGCAUUGGCGCACUCGUUGCGUUCUCGACGCGUGGAUUUGUGGCCAGGGCAACACAUGUGGGACUGGCGACGCUGUUAAUGAAGACGAUAACAAGCAAACUGUAUGAAUUGAUGCAGAGUAAGAAACUGACCACAGAUAGGCGAUUAAGCGACAAGCUCAGUGUGUAGCAAUCACCUCUCUCCCGUCUGUGACGGCGGGGCGGUGUAUCCUGAGACGUGAUGGUUAUCUGUUGAUGACCUGGGGCUUGUUAUGUGUAACUCGAUACUACUCGUUUGAGACCCGAGGGUGGUAGGUGAGUAUGCGGUCGGACAGUGCAAUGAAGUCAGCAGGAGGCUAGCUCAUGGCGUUUGGAUAUGCAUUUUUUUUCCCGUGGUGGGAGAAGAAGAGGGUCUAAGAGAAGCGUGGGUCAGUACGGAGGUAGGGAUAAGGAAGGGUAGAGGGAUUCGGAGGUGUGAAUGAAUGUGGCAGGCUUUGCACACACGUACGCAUCAGAGAUGCGAAAUCUUAAGUUUUGUAAUCGUAGAAUUUAGGAGAGCCGGGAACUGGUGCAUGGAAACGCUCCUCUCGGCACAUGGACGUAUAAACCAGGUUUUUAGAUAGUGAAGAAAAAUAAUAUAGAAAUAAAAUAAUAGUAGAGC